AUGAAUAGACAGAAUAUAAUAACAGUUGUUACUUUGUUGGUAGCGGUUUCACUAGUUACCAUAAUUGCAACGAUUGCUAAACAACCAAAAGAUACAAUUGUAGAUGAUUGUUGUUGUCAAAUAUCUAUGAUUGAUACAGCAAAUGUUCAAUUGAAUCAAAUAUUAAAUAAAUUAGUUAAAACAAGAUUCUUUAGAUACUUUAGAGUGAAUCUUUUUGCAGAGUGUCCGUUUUGGGUGGUUACACAACUGUGUGGACUUGAAGGUUGUGGAGUUUGUGAGUGUGAUGACAAUGAGAUUCCACUUCCAUGGAGAAUAGAGGAUUCUAGUGACAAGGUCGACAUGUCACCACCUCCACCAGGUUUCACUCGUUGGAAGGACAAAAAAGAAGAUAUGUGGGUAAUACCCUAUGGAUCGGAUGCCGAUACUUCCUAUGUAAAUCUUGGUGAAACUCCAGAGGCUUACACUGGUUACGACGGUAGUUCCGUAUGGAGAUCCAUUUAUAAUGAAAAUUGUUUUACAAGACCAUUGGAACAGAUGUGUUUUGAAGAAAGAGUAUUUUAUAAAUUGAUCUCAGGUUUACAUGCAUCGAUUACUACACACAUUGCAUAUUUCUAUGAGAAGGAUAGAUUCUCUGGUGAAUGGCAAAAGAAUCCAAUGCAUUUCAAGACCGCUUUUGAAAAUCAUCCAGAUAGAAUCGAUAAUCUUUACUUUACUUUCUUGUUUGUGAUGAGAGCCGUCAGUAAGAUUGAUGGUUUCUUGCACGAGUAUCAAUUCAACACUGGAAAUGAAAUAGAAGACAAGCAAACCUAUCAAAUGGUUCAAACUUUAUUGAAGCAACAAGUAUCUUGUACACCUUCAUUCGAUGAAUCUUUAUUAUUUAAAGAUACUGAUAAACAAAAUUUAAUAUCACAGUUCAAAGGACAUUUCCAAAAUAUCAGUUCAAUUCUCAAUUGUGUAACGUGUGAAAAAUGUAAAUUAUAUGGAAAGAUGCAGACACUUGGUCUUGGUACAGCUUUGAAAAUUCUGUUUGAUGAGAAUCAGAGUUCGCUACAGAGAAAUGAAAUUAUAGCGUUGGUUAACACUCUGAGACAACUGUCCAAUUCGAUCAAGGCGGUUGGAGAGUUCUCUGACGAUAUCGAUUUCGAUCAUCAUCAGCACCAACACAAGGAGAAAAAAGAUAAAACAGCAGCAACAACAAGCAAUAACACCAAUAAUUCAGAUUCGUAUUCACAAUGGUCUUUUUGGGCCAUUCUCACAACAUUACAAUCAACUCUUAAGGAGCAGAUCGAAAAGCGUGAAAUCACCAACACUCAAAUCUUUUUACUCGUCUCUGUAACUAUAUUAACCUUUUUGUUCAUAUACAAUCCAUCUUAUAAUCCACCAAAGAGAAAGAAGAAGAAAUCGAAGAAUAUUAAUAAUAAUAAUAAUAAUAAUAAUAAUAAUAAUAAUAAUAGUUCCAAUAAUAAUAAAAGUAAUAAUAAGAAACAAUAA